AUGAAGGCCGCUUUUGUUGUUCUCGCCAUUGCUGGCCUCGCCAGCGCAGAGACCAUGUUUGAUGCGCUCCCCGAGUGCUCACAUGACUGUCUCACCAAGGCCAUCAAGGGUUCAUCCAGCUGCAAGCCCGAGGACAAUGACUGUCUCUGCGAGGUGGACAACUACCGCAACAUCUACACUGGAGCCCAGGCCUGCGUUCUUCAAGCAUGCGGU